AUGCCAAGUGUACUCGAGAACAUCUGUGUGAUUGUGGCCUUUGGACAAUUCCUAGUGGGAGUUUUCACCAAUGGCUUCAUUGGAUUGGUAAACUGUAUUGAGUGGGUGAAGACCAGAAGAGUAACCCCAGUUGAUUUCAUCCUUACUGGCUUGGCCAUCUCCAGGAUUGGUACAUUGUGGGCACUAAUGACAAUGACCAUUUUUGUUUUUAUCUAUGUUAAGAGAGAUUACACUAAUAAUUGGAUUCUUUCAGAAGUUAUUUGGAACAUUAGCAACCAUUCAAGUGCCUGGUUUGGAACUUGCCUCAGUAUCUUCUACUUUCUGAAGAUUGCAAAUUUCUCCCACCCUGCCUUUCUUUGGUUGAAGUGGAGAAUUAACAAGGUGGUCCUCAGGAUGCUGAUGGGGUGCUUACCCAUAUCCUUGAUCAUUAUCCUUCCAACGAUGGAGAGAAUCACUAAGAUACAAUUGAUUCCCAGUGAUCAGGAAAAUAAAAUAAAUAUGAGUCAUAAUGUCCAAAGAUUGAAAACCCUAAAAUUUUCUGCCUUGAUUCUCUUAAAUACUGGGGGUUUGGUCCCCUUUGCUCUAUCUUUCAUCUCCUGUUUCCUGUUAGUACUGUCCUUGUGGAGGCAUACACAGAAGAUGCAUCUCACAGUCAUAGGCUCCAGGGAUCCCAACACAGAGGCCCAUGUGAGGGCCAUGAAAUGCAUAAUCUCUUUCCUCUUUGUUUUUGUAGUAUACCAUUUGGGCAUCACCAUGGGAGUCUUAAGCUUAUCUAUAUGUCAUUGUAAACUUCUUGCCAUACUUUCAGUGAUAGUCAUGAAUGUCUAUCCCAUGACCCACUCCAUCAUCCUAAUACUGGGCCACAGCAAGCUGAGACAGGCCUUUCGGAGGGCACUGGGGAAACUGCCUCAAAGUCCCUGGGAAAGUCUAAGUGGCAGAGCCUAA